AUGUCCACCUCCAUAGCACACAAAAAGCGCCGUCUCCGAAGCGACUACAUCUACCACCAAACGCACCGAACAAGAUGGUUCGACAACGACAUGUACGCCCACCUCAACAACACAGUCUACGCCAUGCUCUUCGACAGCAUAAUAAACACGUACUUAAUCACGCACUGCGGAAUGGAUCCCUUCACGCACAACAACCCCACGCUUACUACACCUGACCCCUCCUCUUCCUCCACCACCACUACCACAUCUACACCCGGAUUCAAAAGCAGCCAAGUAGGCAUAAUGGUCUCCUCCUACUGCGACUACUUCUCCUCCGUCUCAUUCCCAGAUAUACUAGACCUGGGGCUGCGGGUCACCAAGCUGGGGAAUAGCAGCGUGACGUAUGAAGUUGGGGUGUUUAAGGAAGGGGAGGAAGAGGUCAAGGUUGUUGGGGGGUAUACGCAUGUGUUUGUGGCGAGGGAGACGAUGAGGCCGACGAGGGAGGGGAUGGAGGAGGGUGUUAGGAGGGGGUUGGAGAGGUUGGUUGUGAGUGAUGAUACUGCUGUUGGUGGUGGUGGUGGUGGGAAGGGGGCGAAGUUGUAG